GUGAGCUCCACAAACGUCCUGCAGUUUCCUAUCAUGCUGCCAGGGUCCCUGUGGGCUCCUCUGUGAAUAAAACCUCUGCCAGUGCAGCAGCAAAUACAUCUGACAGUUCAGGUCACAGUGAGCCAAGCAUCUCCCUCGAUGUCGUAACAAAGAGCUACAGGCUACAAGAUGUCCGCAUCAUGGCUCAACUGCAGGAAGCCAGUUUGAGGCAGGACUUUGUCUCGAUGCCUUCCACUGCUUCACAGAGGAGAAACCCUGAGGCUCCAUUGAUGCUUCCACCCUCGUUUAACACCACUGGUGAAAACACUGCUUACUCAACUCCAGGAAAUAAAUCCGAAACUUCUUCCAUAUCAGCAGUUAAGGAGUGCUGCCACAGUCCCAGACCAUCCAGACUUCAUCAACAAGUCACCCAAUUCAAGCUGCUUAAACGCGCCCAGAACCAAGCAGCAGCAGCAUCACCAGGCAGGACGAGGUCGCCCCUGCGUACCAGCCUCCGCUCCCUCCAGGCUGUUAGGAACAGCCGAAGUUUAGACAUCGACGACUGCCAACCUGCUGACCAAACCGCUUACCUUCCAUCAGAUCUGUCAUCUGCCAAGGGGGAGGGCUUAAGUUGCUGGUUGCCAUCAUUUUCCCCAGCUUCAUUGAACUCUGGCAGCUUGUUGCAGUCGAUGAAAAGCUCAUCAGUCCGGACAGCGGCCGUGAAGAAGAUGAACAGGUCUCACUCGCUCAGCCCCUGCCGGAUUCCUCAGUCUGCUAAAGGAUGCUUGUCUGUCCACAGACGUGUUUUUACCUCACCUGAGAGGCUAACCACUGUAGCUUGGGGCAGAAAUUUGCCUGUUCAGAGAUAAAAGAUUUACCCUGUGGGUUUACCUGGGAUAAAAUAAUAAUUAUGUGAUGCAAUGUAAUUAUUUACUUCUGUGGCUGAUAAGCCUCUGCAAUCUCAUGAAUACAUUUAGAUUGUGAAAGAAUUUGGGCCUAUAUUAGAAUCCUUUGUGGUAUGCUGCUCCGGGCAAACAUAUGCUUUUUCAGUUACAUGUGCAAAGAUCUAGUUCAUCUUUCUCAGUAAGAGAUUCUUGGUAAAUGGCAGGCAGACACAACCACAGUGCUCUAAAUCAUGUGGUUUUUAAGUUUUGUGUUAAAGUCACAGGAAUGUAGAAAAGUAAGGAGCACUGAUAUCCUAUAAAUUCACCCAUAUGAGACAUCUUAGAAAUACUGACAGUAGAGCCAGUAGGUUGUAUUAUCAGUGGCUUUGCAAGCAUGCUACAGCUCAUGUACACAAACUACCAUGCAUAGAUUACAAGUAUGAAUAUAGACAUCAGUGUGGUCGAUGAGCUGAAUGAGCAGCUCUCUGCAGAGCUGUUGCAACAGGAAGUGUGCCGUCUGUCAUCGUCAAGUACGAAACACUAAACGGGUAUCCUUUACGUAGUAGUUGGAGUUGUUAAACAAUCUGACAUCACAAACAAAGCGUUUCCAGGAAACAGAGAUGUGGGUUGGUGCAGCUUCACUACUUCAGAGGCCACCUUUGUUUGCUAAUGUUUUUGUAUCGCUGAGCAUGAUUUAUUUUAACCCAAUUGACAUAUUUCUCCUAGAUUUUUCAGAGUAACCCGAAUCCUUACCCAAACACUAGCUUGUGCACUUGCCAUGGAGUUAUCUUUGAGUUUGUAGGGGAUGGUGUAUUUCUCCAUUUUAUGUUCCUAUAUGUCAGCUCGGGCCCAGUGGACUUUACAUUGACCUUUCUUUUUAUUAAUGAUGUCUCAUUUUCAAUUAAAAUAGGAGACAAAAGCCACUGUGCAGAUGCUUAUCAUGGUAAUAGUAAAUAAAUGAGUGCGUUAUAGUAGCUGAGAUAAUGAAACCUGACAUUCAGUGUGUGCUGGAGUACCCUCUGCUGUUCACUGUGUUUAUGACCUUGUUCG